CAUCCCUAUCACACCUGGGCGAGCGGUUUUACGUAUAUUUUGUUCGCUUCGCCGUUUUCGACGGCCACAAAAGUGGACGCCUAGUAGUUUGCGUUGGCUCAAAAAAAAGGAGCGACAAGUCUUGCACGGUCUAUGCCCCAACAUCGGGAAAUGACGAAACGCUGUUAACGUCUGAAUCGCUGUUUUACGAAGUGUAUUCGUGUGUUUGUGUGUGUAAGCUUAGAUCUUUUGUUGUACCAAAAAACGCAUUUUGUGGAGAAGCGGACAAGGUUUACCUAGAGCCAGGACGACGAAGAACCCUGCCAGCGUGUGAUGUUUUAAUGCUUAAGUCGAUUAGUGGCGGCGUUGGCGUGGCAUCCACGGAAAGAAGUGGUGGCGGAGGAGGGGGAGCCGGAGGAGGAGGAGCGGGGGGGCCAUCCUCUGGGAGCAGGAGCACCAGCGGAAGUGGGCGUGCCAGUUGUGGGCUGGGCUCUAGUUCGAUUUCGAGUGGAUUGAGUGCGGUCUGUGGUUUUGUGACAGGCAACGGAGGAGCUGACCGGGAUCGGGACAGAGGAUUGGCCAGCAGCAGUGGAGGCAGCACUCCCGCCGGGAUACCAUAUUGCCCAGCUUGUGUGGCCACCGCCAACCAACAGAACCCCAGCCAGAACUCUAGUCCCCAGCACGAGGGCUUCUUCUCGCGCAGCUCUUCCAAGUCAAGCAAGCGGAACAAGGCCAGGAAGAGCGCUUCUACUGCCGGCUGCUUGGACGCCCAGCACAUCCGAGCGAAUCUCCGGAUGUCCAUGACAAAUUCGAUGCGGGGCUCAAGGGGUAACAGCAGCAGCGGAGCCGGCUCCUCCUCCUCGCAAGCUCCGUCGAGCAGCAGCUGCAGCAGCAGCGGAGCAGCUGUCUCUGGUUGCGGGCUAUCUUACGAUGGGGCCAGCACCGCCAGCAGUGGCAGUGGCGGUGGGAGUGGCAAGGCCGCAUCGCCGGGAAGUUACAGCUGCAAUGCCCUUAAUGUGGACUUUACGUCAUACACGGCCACCCACCAGUGGACCAGGAUGCUCGAGUGUGCCGAGUUUGUGGGAGCCAAGCGGAGCAAACACACAGUUGUGGCCUACAAGGAUGCGAUGUUCGUGUUUGGAGGAGACAACGGCAAGAACAUGCUGAACGACCUGAUCCGCUUCGGCGUGAAGGACAAGUCUUGGGGGCGGGCGUGCGCGACGGGAACUCCGCCAGCUCCGCGAUACCAUCACUCGGCUGUAGUGGCCGGAAGCUCAAUGUUCAUCUUUGGGGGCUACACCGGCGACAUCCACUCCAACUCGAAUCUGACCAACAAGAACGAUCUGUUCGAGUACAAAUUUCAAAGCGCUAUGUGGGUGGAGUGGAAGUUCUCUGGCCGCCAACCGGUCCCCCGAUCCGCGCACGGAGCAUCCGUCUACGACAACAAGAUGUGGAUCUAUGCGGGCUACGACGGCAAUGCCCGCUUGAACGAUAUGUGGACGCUGAAUCUCACCGGGGAGAAUCACCAGUGGGAGGAGGUGGAACAGUUGGGGGAUCGUCCUCCCACCUGCUGCAAUUUCCCCGUGGCAGUGGCUCGUGACGCCAUGUACGUCUUUUCCGGGCAGAGUGGCCUCCAGAUUACAAACUCGUUGUUCGAAUUCCACUUCAAGACCCGCACCUGGCGGCGCAUUUCGAACGAGCCUGUGUUGCGGGGCGCCACCUCAGCACCGCCCUCGCGCAGGUAUGGCCACACAAUGGUGCACCACGAUCGGUUCCUAUACGUCUUCGGGGGCUCGGCAGACUCUACGCUGCCCAACGAUCUACACUGCUACGACCUGGACUCGCAGGUGUGGUCCGUCAUUCUGCCGGAACAGAACUCGGAUGUACCCUCGGGCCGGGUUUUCCAUGCCUCAGCCGUCAUCUGCGACGCCAUGUAUAUUUUCGGCGGGACCGUUGACAAUAGCGUCCGGCGAGGCGACACCUAUCGCUUUCAGUUCUCAUCGUAUCCGAAGUGCACGCUGCGCGACGACUUCGGCAAGUUCUUUCUGGACAAACAGUUCUGCGACAUCCAGUUCAUUGUGGGAGCGGAGGAGAUUCGGAUUUUUGCGCAUAUCGCCUUUGUGGCGGCGCGCUCGAAGUAUCUAAGGAACAAGAUACUCACUGCUCGCGAGGCGCGCCAGCAGCAGAUGGAGAAGGUCUACGGGGUGGGCCAGGUGGAUGCACUGGCCCUCAAUACGGGCGCGGGUGGGGACCGCGGACCCAUGCUGGAGGUGCGACUGGCUCAAGCCUCCCCCGAGGCAUUCGACAUUAUACUAAACUACAUUUAUACCGAUCGCAUCGAUCUGAAGGACACGUACAGCAAGAACAUCAUUAUUCUCAUCACGGACAUAUACCAACUGGCCGGAUUGUUCACCAUGCCACGGCUGGCCCACGGCUGCAUCCAGUAUUUGGACUACAAGAUCAACAAGGUCAACGUGCUCGAGGCGCUCUACAAUGCUGACAAGAGCAACAUUAAGAUCAUUAAGGAUCACUGCAUGCAGUUUAUCAUCAAGGAUGAGAACUACACCGAGGUGGUUAUGUCCAGUGAGUUUAGCGAUUUAGACAAGCCUCUGCUGGUGGAGAUCAUUCGCAAGCGUCUUCAUCCCAGCAAGCUGGUGAUGGACACAAGUUACGAGGCAAACAUAGGAACCACCCUGGAGAUCGACCUUUGCGCUUUUCUGGAGUCAACCGGCAACGAUUUCUGCGACAUAAGCCUCGUCCUAGAGGAUCAUGUGAUACCAGCCCAUAAGUCGGUUUUGUCAUCGCGUUGUACCUACUUUCAGGGAAUGUUCAGAUCGUUUAUGCCCCCGGAUAACACCGUCCAUAUCCAAAUUGGCGAAAUCUCACCCUCGCUGGAGGCGUUCCACUCGCUGCUUCGGUAUAUUUACUACGGCGAGACAAAGAUGCCACCGCAGGAUGCACUGUACUUGUUCCAGGCACCCUGCUUUUAUGGAUUGGCCAACAAUCGGCUUCACGCGUUCUGCAAAUACUCGCUGGAGCACAAUAUCACAUUCGAAAACGUGCUGCAGACCCUGGAGGCCUCGGACAUCACCAAGAUCUAUGACAUCAAAGAGUACGCUCUCAAGCUGAUUGUCAAAGAUUUUGCCAAGGUUGCAAGGCUGCCAAAAAUAGCCGGUUUGUCGCGCGAACUGUUGCUGGAGAUCAUACGCGCUGUGGCCGAUUCGCACGGCGAGUUCCUCACGCGGAUCAAUAUUAAUACAGAUAUCUGAAAACUGGUGCUGCUCCAGCCGGCAUUGCAGUUGUUGCUCGCCUGGUUGCAAAUCGGACGUAGCACGUAAUGCGGCAGUAGCGGUUGGUAGCGCCGAACGACAUUAUCCAUUUACCACUUUUCGGUUCAUCCACCCCCUUGAUCGUCUACGACUUCACUUGGCCAGUGAUUUAAAUCGAGCAAUCGAGGAGUCGGUAUUUAUAAAUUCAUCAGAUGUGUUCUAUUUAUUGGUAUGCUGGAGGGGUUAGCAGCUCAGGAUAUCGAAACCAAUUUGAAUCUGCACGACUUUUGGGUUUCUGCAUAACAAUGAUAUAAAAACUGCUGCUGCCUCAUAGCCACAAAGGCCGCACGCACAGUUUACUCACCGUCUACAACCAGCUUUUUAUAUAUGCAUAGUUAUUAUCCUAUCUGCACAGCAGUAUUAAACCGGAACGCACCUACAAUCUAUUCGAAUGAGAUGACAUUGAAAACAUCCCAGUUAAUCGCAAUUAAUUCGUUGACCUCAUCUUUUCCAAAACUCCAUUAUACUUGUGCUGGGACAUUAGAACAGAUAUUAUAUUGAUUUAUGAUGGCCUUUUAACAUGUUAGAGUGAAUUGCGAACUUACACAAGAAGUUAUUGUUUUUGAAAUUUUAAUUUCGGAAAAGGUUAACUUAUAAAUUACCAGUUAAAAAUAAAACACUUCAAGGAAGCCACCAAUAAAACCUGGACGGUUUUCAAAGCUCAGCAAAGAAUGCUUAAAUAAAGCUGAUUGAGGGCGCCCUUCUAAUUAAACUCAAUACACAAAACGUUUUUGAGCAGAAAAAAACAGGUUUUUUUAAAGUUUCAUAUUCUUUCUAAUCUGUAAGUUUGAGCACUCUGGCAAAGUGAAAUAUUUAAAAUGUUUAAAUUGUCCUUUUGCUGAACUUAAACUAUUUAAUAUUCCAAAGUCUGGAGGACUAACUUUGCGAGGGACCCUUUUUGUUAUACUCCUACCCAAGUACAACCAGUACCAGUUCAUAAGGAUCUAAAUCUUUUAGUGUGUACUUUAAUUUAUAUAGAAGCCGUAAGGUGUAUUAUCUAUGCUAAGGAACCUUUGACCUUGAACCACCUCAUUCCUCAUCAAUGCGCAAAUUCUCCUUACACCUACGCAAGAAAAAUAAUUUAAAGUGAACUUUUAUUCGAUUGACUUGAUUACUCAAUACUUGCCCCAAAAGUUUUUUUUUAAUUUUUAGUAUAUGUAUAUAAAUCCUAAUUGUGAUAAAUAACUUUUUAUUAUGAUUAUAUUGUGACUAUUGUUAAGCAGUCUUUGUUUAGACUCUUUAGUUUCAUUUCGAAUAUUUUCGU